AUGAGCUUGGAAUCCUUGUUCCAGCACAUUCUCUGCAGCGAGAACCAGGCCGAGCAGAGCCGCCGCGCGCUGCGAGAAGUACGCUCGGACAUAACCAGGUGCCGUGAAAAAAUGAAGAAAGCAGCCGAGGAGUUGAAUGAAGAGCAGGUCAAGUUGGAAUCUAAGGUUCAGCAGUUUUCUGAAAAAUCUUUCCUCUUACAGCUUUUGAAAACUCAUGAAAAUGCUUUAGAAAGACAAUGCAGUGAAAUUACAAACCAAAGGAAUAUGCUUCUCCAAACCUUUGAGAGUACAAAAAAAAAAGUGACAGAGGAGGAGGAUAAAUUUCUUAAGGAAAUUACAGAUUUUAAUAAUGAAUAUGAAAUAACAAAGAAAAGAGAUCUUUUGAUGAAAGAAAACAUCAGGAUUGAAAUAUCUGUCUUAGAAAACCAGGCAAACAUUUUGAAAAGGGAAAUGAAGUCAAUGGAACGUGAUAGUGGCCAGUUAAAUGAACUUCAGAAACAAAAGAGGGAAUUGAUUGAAGAAUUAUUUACUCUUCAGAAAAAACUUAAAGGUUUUGAAGAUGAAGAGAAUGAAGCCAUCCAUACUACUAAAUACCUAGAGGCAGAAAAGAUAAAAAUCAAUGAAAAGCCUCAAAAUGAUGCUGAAUGCCUGAGACUUAAAAAGGAAUUAGAACUUUAUAAGGAAGAUGACUUGGAAAGUGUUUAUGAAGCUCUCCAAACAGAAAUAGAAUUUUUGGAGUUGCUUCAUUCACCUGUGCUGUCUCCCAUCUGUCUCUCAGAACUCAUGCCACUCAUUCUUCUCCUUGCACACUCCUCUUCUGCCCCACAGGCCUACCUUCUUGCCUCCAAAAUGCCUAACUUAUCCUGGUCUUCAGAUCGUCUCAUGAGCUGUGUGCCCUCUGCCGAGGUGCUCCUCCCACUGGGUUCUCCAUGGCUUGUGUCACUCAAGUGA